UCAUGCUGACGCUCCCGGUCAGGGGUGUGUGUGGUCUACCGCAGCCAUGGCUGAAUCCCAGCUUAUGGUCAUGGAGGACGGGCACAUCGGAGCCAAAGUACCGGAGAACAAACCGGAGUUUUACUACAGCGAGGAGCAGCGUUGUGCCAUAGAGGAACUGCUGAAGAACGGGGACGGGGCUUUUAAGACGCGUCUUAAGGAAGACAAAGCCAAAGACUUUUUGUCUGCGAGGGAAGUCAAAGUUUUGCAAAGCACUUUCAAACAGUAUGACUCUGACAGCAGCAGCAGCAAGACGGCUGCCUCCAGGUCGGAGCAGGGAGCCUCUGGUGGAACCGACGCGGACUCUGGGGUUAAUUCCACUUAUUGGCCGCAGAUGUCGGACACUGAGGUUCCGUCGCUGGACAUCGGCUGGCCCAGCGGGGGGCUGUUCAAAGGGGUGACCCGGGUGGCCGUGCACACACACCCGCCCAAAGACAACGGACCUCACAUCAAGGAGGUGGUUAGAAGACUCAUACAGGAGGCCAGCAAGGUCAUUGCCAUAGUGAUGGACAUGCUUACAGAUAUUCACAUCCUGCAGGACCUGAUGGAUGCAGCUUCCCGUCGGUCUGUGCCUGUUUACAUUGUGUUGGAUGAGCAAGCUGUUGCUCACUUUCUGGACGUGUGUUCUAGACUUCAGAUUGCUGCACAACAACUUCGAUAUAUUCGAGUACGAAUGCUUCAAGGUGUUGGUUUCAGUUUGUCUUUUGGCAAACUCCCUGGUUCGCUUUGUAGUAAAUACAUGCUGGUUGAUGGAGACAAAGUUGCUUUUGGCUCUUUCAGUUUCUCUUGGUCUGCAUCUCGUAUGGACAGAAAUAUGAUCACUGUGAUGACAGGGCAGGUGGUUGACUUCUUCGACAGAGAUUUUCGUGAGUUAUACGCCAUAUCUGACAAAGUGGACCUCUACAAGGAGUUUCAUGUUAGUCCUCCAGCUUCCAAAGUGGCCGCCACGAUUCGCUCCAAAUCGGAGCCCAAACGUCCUCCUUUACCAGCAACCACAUCCCGUUUCCAAGUGAGCCUAGGAGAUUCUCAGAAUCCAGAGCUCCAGGUUCCUGCCCACAAAUACUACAACCCCAAAUACUCUCUGUUGUUCGGAGGUCCUCCACGUCCCGCAAGAUCACUGCAAGACCUUCUACCCAAGGGGGAUAUUGCAGAUAUACCUGAGGAGGAGGGAAGGCCCCGAUUAGCCAGCAGUGUUAAGAUAGACCGAAUGCUCUCAGAGGCCCCAACUGAGAGCGCAGAGGAACCAGCCAAAGUAAAGAAGAAAUGGUUCAGUUUUAAGUCUAAGAAAAAAUCGUCUGCUAAAGAGAUCAUCAGUCCCCUACUAGCAGAAAAUCACCCAAUUGAUGAAAUAGAAAACAGUUUUGAGGGGGCUCCAGUAACUCCAACUAAAGGGAGUAAGAAGCUUUCUAAACUGGACCAGAAAGCAUCAUCUCAGCAAACUGUCAACACUGCACAUGACAGAGAGAGUCUAAAGAGUGGAAAAAGUGGGAAGAGUGUAAAGAGUCGUCGUAAAGGACCGUCAGGAUGUAAAACAUCCUAAACUGAACAUGCUGCUGUUUCUGUCAGUGUACACUUCAGUGUUCAGUAACAGAUUAGAAACUUACUUUAUUAAACUGAACUGACACUCUGCAAUUACCUGCACCAUAAAGCAAGACCAGAUUAACGUACAGUCCUUCAGGUAUUGAUUUACAUAUGGUAGUUUUAUGUCUCAUAUAAUGUGUAACUAGGUGGUUUACGCUGAUCUGCUAGAAUCUCUGUUUUUUUACGUAUACAGUCGAGGAAAGAUUUAUUAAUUAUUCUGUCUAAGAGUGUAUUACCUUAAAAAAAAGAAGAAGAAAACAAGGAUGAUUUCCAUGACUGUAUUGUGUUGCCUCUGAGCCACCUUAAAAGGGAUUUGGGAUUAGAAUGUUGAAUGUUUAAAAAACAAUCAGGGUUUAUUUUUGUGUGUUGCAUCUGUUCAUCCGAAGGAUCAACUACAGAGUAAAUAACUAACAGUUGCUCUUUUUAUAACCUGUUAUAAAAUCAUGGUUAUAUUGUUCUGGAGGAUAUACUUUUUGUCUUUUGAUGAGUUGCAAGCAGUUGUCUUAUGGUUGUAUUUUAAAAUGCUGCAUUUUGAAACCUACUGAGCCAUAGAGAUUCUUCCUAUUAAAAUGCAUACUGUCCAAAGAUAUUUUUGGGCUUGGUCUAAGUUUGCAAUGAAGUUCAUUCAUUACUCAUACUGCUAACAGAGCAUUAAUAGGAACGUUUAUUUUGAAAUAU